GUUUCCGCUAAACUUACACAGAACCAGGCCAGCUCCGUCGGAAUACACAAAUUUUGUAAACAAAAAUAUUCCAUUUAUUUCAGACACGUGAAUAGUUUUAUAUCCCACAAAAUAUCAAUGCUUAGAUGGCGUCUGCUGAGAAAACAGACAUUGAUCGGGAUUUUGAUUCUUCGGAACUAGGAACAAAAGAAUACUGGGAUUCAGCAUAUGAGAAAGAGGUAGAGAACUUUGAAGACAUUGGAGAUGUUGGAGAAAUCUGGUUUGGUGAAGAAACUAUGGAUAAAAUCGCAGAUUGGUUGGAGGAGUACGAGAAUAUUUCCAAGGAAGAUUCUAUCAUAGACCUUGGUUCCGGGAAUGGAAUGAUGUGUAUUGAACUUAGAAAGAGAGGUUUCUUGCAGCUCACCGGAGUUGACUACUCAGAUCUGGCUAUAACAUUGUCAAAGUCGGUGGCCAAGUCGGAAGGCUUUGAAGACAUUAAAUUCACAACAGGAGAUUUAAUCACAGAACAAAGACCUAACCCAUGCACCUGCUUGACGAGGAAAUAUAAAGUUGUUUUGGACAAAGGAACCUAUGAUGCAGUAAGCUUGAUGCCUGGAGAUUCUGUUGCCGCUAGAAAGCAAUAUUUGCAGACAGUAAAGGAGAUCAUGGGAGCAGAAAGUUUGUUUUCUAUAACUUCAUGCAACUGGACAAAAGAACAACUUUUAGAUUUCUUCAAAGAAGAUUUCAAGCUUGAGGCACAGAUUCCAUUCCGAACAUUCCAGUUUGGUGGACAGACAGGAAGUACUGUAACCAGUCUAUUGUUCAAAUUGAAAUCCUGAUAUUAUUUGUAAGUUAGAAAUAAAUGAAAUCAUCAA